AUGGGUGUGGUGAUUCCACUAGUGUCAGUUACUGCAUUCUGGCUACUCAUCGGUGUUGGAGGGCCAUUUCUUGUCCCAAAAGGUCCCAACAGGGGUAUUAUUCAAACAAUGAUAAUAAUGACCGCGGUGUGUUGUCAUCUGUUCUGGAUUAUGAUCUACUUGCAUCAGUUGAACCCACUUAUUGGUCCUCAAAUCAACGUCAAGACGAUCCGUUGGAUUUCGCUGAAAUGGGGAGACUCGCCUACGCCUGUUCCACUCGGUCAGUAA